UAUUCGGCGGCUGUGAGCCCGACCAGAGAGCUCUUCGACGGAGAACCCGGACCGUUUCCAUUGACCAGUCGAACGAGUCUGCCGACGGAUGGCUGACAUGAAGGCCUUCGUUCUCGUCUGGUGCCUCGCCGUCGCUACGGCGGACGAAAAUGACGGAUGGGUUUGGAAAGACAAAACUCGGACCAACGAGGAACGACUCGACGAAGGCAGGUACCUGGUGAACGAGAACCUGGAAGACUUGGACGAGAGACCUUUGAUAGGAUUUCGACCACAAAAUGGUGGACCUUACGGUCCUAAUAGCAGACCCAUUGUGCCGGCAUCGUAUCCUAGCAACAAUGGAGUUCUUGUCGGUCCUGGCGGGCCAACUGGCAUUGUAAAAAGACCUCCCUACAAUAAUGGCGGCAUAAAUAGCGGCUCUGUGGAUAGCGGUCUCGUGCCACCUUGGAUCAGAAAUGAUCCCCGAUAUCGCGACGUCGACGUUUGCAGGUGCAGAUACAGCUUCAACUGUCCAUCCACCGGUCUGAAAUUCGGAAGUUGCUCGAAAGAGAAGAAGUACUGCUGCUUCAGCAGCAGGAAAUAUCCGGCGCUGGUUAACGGACCCUCCGGAGGAGGCGGAGGGGGAGGAUAUUACCCUCCGCAACAGGGCUACCCGAACAAGUACGGGCCGGCGUCGUUCGUUCAAUCGCCGAACUAUUACGGAAAUCGAAGACCUCCCGGCAAUUUUAACGCUGGGAACAGAUACCCGGCUGGAAACUACCAAUAUCCAGGAGAGAACUACAGCCAGUACCCGAGACCUCAGGGGAACCCUUACGGACAAAACUACGACUACGACGAUUACGAUUUUUACGGGCGAUCUUUGAAGAAGAACGGAACGGAAACGAGCUCCGACGAGAAACCUUGAAUUCUCUACAGAUUUCGUGUAUUGGAUACUGUUCGAAAAAAGCGACCGAGUUUUUCCAUGAAAAGCCAAAGCGAUGAUUAUUCUCGGACGGUAAAUUAGCUCGUCGUUUGCGCGCCAGAUCGCAUUCAUCUCUUAUUUAUUUCUGUAAGAAUUUUUAUAUACGUAUAUUAAGCGCGUCGAUGGAGAAUCGAUUCGCUUUUGUUGUUCAGGUUUGUUACCGGAAACGCGUCAGCUUCUUUUUAUUCAUUUUUAGCACUUAGUUUGCCGUGACAUUUACAUUAAGAUCCCUGGGAAAAAAGUAUUUGAACAGCUUUUAAAACAGAAUAAUAUUUUGAAACUCGA